AAACUAUUCGCAAUCACAGAGUAGUUUCUUAGUUUUUAUCUAAGCAGUGGUAUCACUUUAUUAUUGUUUUUUUUUGUUGAUUAUCAGUUAACAUAUGAUAAUUAUUUAUAUACCAAGAUAGGACGUUUCGAUAAAUAUUUGUAGUUUCUAACGAAAUACUGAAGAAGUAAAAUGGAAGACAUAUUUCAGUGGUGUAGAGAAGGAAAUGCUUUGCAGGUGCGAGUUUGGUUGGAUGAUACAGAACAUGAUAUGAAUCAAGGUGAUGAUCAUGGCUUCAGUCCUCUGCACUGGGCCUGUAAAGAAGGACACAUCAAGAUUGUGGAGAUGCUCAUUCGAAGAGGUGCUCGGAUAAAUGUAACCAAUAUGGGAGAUGACACCCCAUUGCACCUGGCUGCUGCCCAUGGACAUCGUCCUAUUGUGCUCUUGGUAAACUAUCAUAUGUAUUCAUGCUAAUCUUAUUUAAUGUCAGAAGGUGUUAAUAAGAAUAGGAGAUGUGUUGCUCAGUUCAAAACUUUAAUUAUACUGCUUUAACCUAUUUCUACUUUAAUACUAAUAUAUAAUAUGUCGGGCGGGCUACACUACACUUAUUCUGAUAAUAAAUAAUAAGAUAAUUUGGGAUUAUAUAUCUAAAUGAUGAGGUCCAUAGCUGAUAUUUUUCAUCUUUUUCAUCAUCAGCCUAUAAGACUGUUAAACAUAGGCCUCUUUCAAGAUUUGCUUUAAUAGUCGCAUUUGGCAUGCCGAUUUAUGAACUCGGUACAUCCUUCUUCAUACCUUUAAAGCUGGUGCCUCUUCUCACCACACAACAUAUUUUAUAUCUGGCGUAAAAUCUUUCAGAAGCCAUAUUAUUUUUCUGGCAGUUUUAAUAGUUGCAACUUACAAAACCCAUGUGACGAAAUGGUUGAUAGAUUCUCAUCGCUGACACUAUUUAGCCGUCAUAUAUAAGUAAAGCGGGUGAAUUUUCAUUUUACACACCUGAUGGUAAUUGGCUACUGCAGCCCAUGAACCGUUACCUCUAAGGAGAUGGAAUGUUUCACAGUCUGUAAUAAUACUGGCUCUCUAUCCUCUUUAGAUUUUCUUUAGUUUUUUAUAUGGUAGAGCCAUGCUGCAGCUAUAUUAAUAGUAUAGUUGUAGCAUGAAUGAGUCGGCUCGUACGGGGAAGGACCACGCUCUCACAGAAUACCAGCGUAAAAUAGCAGUUUAAUGCUGCUGUGUUUCGUAUGGUGAGUGUAGAGAACCGGAACCCUUUUUACUGGAAAAGAGGCAAUCUAUCUUAGUCCUCACGGCUGACGAAGAUAGAUGUAGAUGUCUAUGGGCCACAGCAACCACUUACCAUCACGUGGACUGUGUGCUCGUUUGUCACCCUUAUCAGCCCUCCGUCACUCGCUCAAGGCCCUGCGUUAUAUGCCUAUCGUUCUGCGUAUCGCCCACGAUACAACCGACAUUGGGCUGCCGCACGCCCGCCUGAGUACUUGCACCGGGCACGUUUCCUGCGCUUACUCGUCGAAAUGCCGCAACCACGUAAUUAUUGUGUAGUGGAUGGGUGUCAGAGUUAAAAAACAAAUGAAAAAUUGUCAUUUUUUUCUUAACUAUAAGAUUACAUCGAAGCAACAGCAUAACAGUGCUGUGAUUUAUAAAUUGAGUGACAACCUGGACACCCAAAUUAUAUAAUAAAUUAUAUAAUAAGUCUUAAAUAAUUUUGACAAUGCCAUAAUGAAUCGGCCUGGCAGCAGCGUGUUACAAAUUUUACAAACCAUUGAUUUUAUUCCGCUUUGCUCCUGUUUUCCUCAUGAUUAUUUAUUAAAAUUAUUUACGUGAUUUAGGAUAUUUUUAACGAUAAGAUUUAAUAACCGAGAAUUCAGAAAAGGAAAAGAAUGUAUAAAUCAUUUUAUAAACUCAAACAUAUUUGAUUGACAAAUAAAAAAUAUGGUUAUUACGCAAGAUUCGUUUUAUUACAAUUAUCAUUAUAGGUACAACCCUAGCGCAUUCGUGCGAUGACGCGCUUGCACGUGAGGCGCACGGCGGUCAACACAAUCUCGACUCUUUAUGCGCGUACUUAUGGUACAUUUUCUUCUCGUUGCGAACAGCAGAUAUUAUUAUUAAGAUUUUGUAGGCUAUUAUAGCAUAGGUAUUUUCGCUUUUGUGUGGCAGUGAUGUAUCUGUUUAGUAAACUAUUAACUAAUAUGUGCCCUUAUUCUAUAAAAAAAAGAACGAACCCAGUAGAGUACCUAACCUUGGCGGCAGAAAAAGAAAGAGAGUGGUACCUACUUAUGUAGACUUCUAAGCUGGAAGAAGUUCUGCCACCUGACAUCCCUUAACAAAAGGGUACGAACAUUUUGUAGAAGACACAAACAUUUUGUGUAUGAGCAACCUACAUUAGCCGAUCAUUAUAUUCUGCUAUAGACUCCUUACAUAACUUACAAGUUUUAUAAUACAUGGCAAGUUUUCAAAUUACAGCUGCUCCAAAACCGCGUGGACGUAAACUUUACAAAUGAGCAUGGCAACUCACCUCUACACUACGCCUGUUUCUGGGGCUACAGUGCUAUUGCCGAGGAUUUAGUGCUUGCAGGUGCUUUAGUAUCGCUCGCCAAUAAAGAUGGUGACACACCUCUUGACAAGACUAGGGGACAACUUGUACAAAGGUGAGGUAUUAGAUGUUAUAACUUGUAACUUCUAACACUAAAUAUUUGUUCAGAUUACUCAGAAAUAAUGUGCAAAGUGUGUGAAGUAAAGUAUCCCAACUGUUUCUUAAAAUGUUCAUCUUGCCUACACGUGGUGAAUGCUGAUGAUUGUAAGACAAGGGGGAACAGCUACUCGUGUGAGGGUCUAGAUUCUAUCCUCAUAUUUAGUAAUUCUUUUAUUAAACAGACUGGUAACUGGAUUGGCACGGGCGUAAAAAAAUAUGGACGUAAUGUUAUACAAAAAUUUGAAAAUUGAAAAUGUAGAGGUCUUACAAUUUUGUUUGUCAUGUGUGAGAUACACGCACAUGUCAGCGCUAAUGACUCUGUCAAAAAUAUAUUAUUACCACGUAAAUCUGUGGUCUUUGUAUUUGUAUUAAAUAGCAACGGAAAUUAAGUUGACAGAAGAAUAAACGUAACAUGGAAGAAAUACUGAGCACAAAAAGAUUCUAAAAGUUAACUAGGUACAACCUGGAAAUUAAAAAAUAUAAUAAUAGAUUCUUGCAUUCUACCAAGCUUAACUUAUGCAAGCCAAACAUGCGUAUACAUCGUAAAAAUAAAAUCUUGCCCUGAAAUCAUGCAAUGAAAAUACUGUAGUUAAGAAAACACAGAAAAUAAGAAAAACAGAUAUUCACAAGAAAACAAAGAUAACAGUAUAGUCUAACACAGAAAUGGAAAUGGACAGGUCACAUAGCAAGGUACAAGGCCAAGAGGUGGACUCAUCAAAUAACAAAAUAGCUAGGUCUGACAGACAAAAGGCGAGUAAGGAGACAGGAAAAGAUAGGCAGAUGAAAUUAUAGAUAUAGCAGGUAAAAACUGAAUGGGCGUUACUACUAAUAAAAACAAAUGGAAGAAGAUGAUUCUUUUACCUGAAUAGGAUUACACAUCGAGAACAAAUAAAACAAGAAGGCUCCCUUUUAGGCUCCCUUUUUGUGUCCAACUCGACUAUUGAUGACGGGGGGAACACACCGCCGGCCAUCCCGCGGUAUGAGUGCUCCAUGCCGGAUGUGCGGUUCUCAUAGCGCUCUGUUCGCAGAGCACUCUUCUCCCUGGACAUCCACAAGUCGAGUGGGCCUGACGGAAUCCCCCCAAUUGUGCUGAGGACGUGUGCUCCGGAGUUGGCACCGGUUCUAACGCGUGUUUUCCGGUACUCCUACUCCCUAGGCGUAGUCCCGAAAUCAUGGAAGACAGCUUUUGUCCACCCAAUCCCUAAAAAAGGCGACCGCUAAGACCCGUUCAACUAUAGGCCUUUCGCCAUCACCCCCUUGUUCUCUAAAAUAAUGGAAUCAGUUAUAAACUGCCACCUCAUGCGGUACCUUGAGGAUCACCAGCUGAUUAGUGACUGCCAAUACGGUUUUCGUCGGGGUCGAUCAGCUGGUGAUCUUCUGGUCUACUUGACUCAUAGAUGGGCGGAGGCAGUAGAGUCCAAUUGGCCGUUAGUUUGGACAUUGCGAAGGCCUUCGAUCGGGUUUGGCACAAAGCGCUUCUUUCGAAGCUCCCUUCCUAUGGGCUUCCCGAGAAAUUGUGCAAUUGGAUCACCAGCUUUCUUGCAGAUCGGAGCAACAAGGUCGUUGUAGACGGUGCAUGCUCCGACUACAAGCCUAUUAACGCUGGUGUUCCACAAGGCUGCGUGCUAUCACCAACGCUGUUUCUUCUGCAUAUCAAUGAUAUGUUGCAAACCGGUAGCAUUCAUUGCUAUGCGGAUGACAGCACUGGUGAUGCUCUAUACACCGGCCGUACCAAUAUUUCUCGGGAAACGUCGCCGAGUACCGGAACAAAGUUGUGUCUGAAGUCGAGUCUUUGCUGGACAAAGUCUCGGAUUGGGGGCGACUAAAUCUAGUCCAGUUUAAUCCUCAAAAGACACAAGUUUGCGCGUUUACGCUAAAAAGAACCCCAGGUUCGGCCUCACAUGGAAUACUGUUCCCACCUCUGGGCUGGGGCUCCCCAGUACCAGCUCCUUCCACUUGACCGCAUCCAGCGCAGAGCGGCUCGAAUCGUCGACGACCGAGUCCUUUCCGAUCGGCGCGACUCAUUGGCGCUGCGAAGAGAUGUUGCAUCUCUUUGCAUUUUCUUUCGCAUUUACCACGGGGAGUGCUCUGAGGAAUUGUUCGGUUUAAUGCCAGCAGCCAAAUUUCACAAACGCACAUCGCGGCAGAACUCCCGAUACCACCCACACCAUCUGGAUGAUUAGCGGUCCACCACUGUGCGAUUUAGAAGAUGUUUUCUUCCUCGCACAACUUCCUUGUGGAAUCAAUUACCACCAGCUAUUUUUCCAGACCGAUACGAUUUAGGGACCUUCAAGAAAAGCGCCUACUUCUUUUUAAAAAGCCGGCAAUGCAUCUGCAAUUCCCCUGGUGUUGCGGUUGUUUAUGGGCGGCGGUAGAAACUUACCAUUAGGUGAGCCGCAUGCUCGUUUACCCCCUAUAAAAAAAAGAAGCAACCUAUGUAAUUAAAAAAUAAAUAAAUAUAUAUAUAAAUGAGUUAACGCGUCAUACAUUCUGGCGCCGUACUGACAUUGAUGUAUUUCUGUUCUUUUUUAGGACCUUCACAUAUUUUUAUCGUAACAUUACGUCCUCAUUUUUCAUAACUUGAUUUUACAUUUUGUAUGGAAAUUUGUAAUUAUAAUAUAUUUAUAUUUGUAUGAAAAGUCAUGUAUGUAGUAUGUGCAUGCCACUUUUACCUGCCUUGACAACAACAUACACACAUUAUUCUGUACUCCUAUUGCACAGUAACUUUUAAAUUAUGUAAGUUUCAUUCCCUACCUCUAACAGUAAAUAGU